CGAGUGGGCUGGAUUGAAAGUCAUGGCGUGCUCCCCUCGGGAAAUCUCGACUGGUGCAAAACCUCCCGAUCCUCACGACCCAUUGGCAACCAAUUGCCCAGCCCAACCGCCCGAUUUCCCUUUCAAAGCCGAGCAGCAGUCUUCCUCAAGAUGUUGGCGGCGAGGUGCCUGCGCUCGGCCCCGACGCGAGCCUUCCCGCGGAAUGGCGCGCUCAACACUGUCAAGCGGUCCAUCUCGUCAUCAAGCUCUGGCGCUGCCGAAGCUUCUCCACGCAACCUCAACAUCGCCGCCGUGGCCUCUACCGCCGUCGCAGUUGGCUCGGCGGCAUGGUACUACCACCUCUACGGCACCACAGCCCAUGCCAUGACUCCGGCUGAGGAAGGUCUCCAUCCUACCAAAUACCCGUGGGUCCACGAGCAAUGGUUCAAGACCUUUGACCACCAAGCCCUCCGCCGAGGAUUCCAGGUCUACCGCGAGGUUUGCGCCUCGUGCCACUCGCUCAGCAGAGUCCCUUACCGUUCUCUUGUCGGUACCAUCUUGACUGUGGACGAGGCCAAGGCGCUGGCCGAGGAGAACGAGUACGACACGGAGCCCAACGACCAGGGCGAGAUCGAGAAGCGCCCUGGAAAGUUGUCGGACUACCUGCCGGCGCCUUACCCCAAUGAUGAGGCGGCACGGUUUUCCAACAACGGCGCCCUGCCCCCGGAUCUGAGCCUGAUCAUCAAGGCGCGUCACGGAGGUUGUGACUACGUCUUCUCGCUGCUGACGGGCUACCCCGAGGAGCCGCCGGCGGGCGCCCAGGUUGGCGAUGGCCUCAACUUCAACCCCUACUUCCCCGGCACCGGCAUCGCCAUGGCCCGUGUGCUCUACGACGACCUAGUCGAGUACGAGGACGAGACGCCGGCGAGCGCGUCGCAGAUGGCCAAGGACGUCGUCGAGUUUCUCAACUGGGCUGCCGAGCCCGAGAUGGACGACCGCAAGCGCAUGGGCUUCAAGGUCCUGGUUGUCACGUCGGCCCUCUUCGCAAUGAGUGUCUGGGUCAAACGCUACAAGUGGGCCUACAUGAAGACAAGGAAGAUCACCUACGACCCUCCGAAGGCUGCGGGUGAGGAGACUAUUCGCCGUUAAUCUCACGCAAAAUGGUGGAAAAGAAGCAGCGCUCGGGAUGUGAGGGUUGCACCUGCGCGGAGCCUGGUCUUUUGUAUGUUAUAUGGCGGUACUUUCAUGUCUUAUUCCGUCAGGGAUGAAUGAAAGCAGAAAUUCGGCGGGGCCAGGCGUAGAGGGUACCAAACUCUUUCCUCUAGUCUCUUACGGAUCUUCACAAUACACUGGUAGAUUUCUUUACGGUCAACACUAUUUUGGCUUUCUCCUGUGCCUGGUCGGGAAAAGGUGUGAAUCUCCGAAAGGGUGUCUUGGUCGGUCUCGGAAAAGUCUAAAGCGUCCUGCUCUUUUUUUUUCCUGCUAUAUAAACGGCGAAUGCUUGCGGGAUUGGGGC